AUGCAUCGUCCGGUUUUCUCCAAACCAGGAGAUAACAUGUGGCAGGAGGAUAAGCCGGACAUCGAUGCCCACUCAGCGACGCAAUUUGUUUACAAUGCACACCACUCGCUUGCGCUUAACAUGCAGCGUCAACGGCUGCCUAUAUUUAAAAACAAGGAUCAUAUUAUUUAUUUGUUAGAGAAAUAUCAGACGCUUGUUCUGGUGGGUGAAACGGGCUGUGGUAAAAGCACACAGGUGCCUCAGUAUCUCUUCGAGGCAGGAUGGUGCGCAGACGGGAAAAAGAUCGGUAUCACGGAACCUAGAAGAGUGGCAGCCACCUCUUUGGCGAAUCGUGUAGCCGACGAACGCAACUGCAUCCUAGGAAGCAUUGUGGGUUACUGCAUACGCUUCGAUGAUUACACCGAUGAGACUACGAAGAUUAAGUACAUGACGGAGGGCAUUCUUCUGCGGGAAUUAAUGAGCGACCCACUAUUACGAAGUUAUUCGGUCAUUAUCUUGGACGAAGUGCACGAGAGAACGCUCUUGACUGACAUCAUAAUGGGACUGCUGAAAAAAAUAAUCAGAAAACGAAAGAGUCUAAGAGUCAUCGUCUCUUCGGCGACGGUGGAUGCUGAGGAGCUUCGAGAUUUCUUCAACGUGAAUACAACGAAGGACCCGAACAAAGACAGCGCCGUCAUCGUGAGCAUUGAGGGACGUUUGUAUCCGGUAGAAAUAUUUUUUCUGAAAGAACCGGUCGCGAAUUACGUUAACGGCGUGGUAGACACUGUUCUAAAAAUACAUGAAACUGAAGAGCCAGGCGAUAUCUUGGCGUUCCUAACGGGACUCGACGAGGUUGAUCGAGCUGUCUCUCUCUUAUCGGAACACGCAAAGCUCAUAAAAGAUGGCAAACAGAAAUUGCUUCCGUUGCCAAUGUACGGAUCGUUACCGAACGCUGAGCAGCUAAAGGUGUUCUGGAGGGCCGCCAAAGACACCCGUAAAGUUAUCGUGGCGACCAACAUCGCGGAAACGUCCAUCACCAUUCCAAAUAUCGUUUAUGUAAUCGAUUGCGGUUUCGUCAAGAUACCUUGGUUCGAGGCGGAAACGCAGACAAACAGCCUCGUUAUCGUGCCCGUGUCGAAAGCCUCUGCCGAUCAGCGAGCCGGUCGCGCUGGUCGCAUUCGUACAGGCAAGGCAUAUAGAUUGUACACGGAAGAAGCUUACGCCGGAUUUUUUGACGCUACUCCACCGGAGAUGCAGCGGUCAGAUUUGGCGCCGGCGGUAUUGCAGCUGAAAGCGCUGGGUAUCGAUAACGUGUUGCGAUUCAAUUUCCCGUCCGCGCCUCCCAGCAAGAAUCUAGUCGCGGGCUUGGAAUUACUUUACGCGCUGGGCGCGAUCGACAGCAAUGGAGGCUUGACGACGCCGUUAGGCUUGACGAUGGCGGAAAUGCCGCUGGAGCCGGUGCUGGCAAAGUCCUUAAUUGCUUCUGGUGAAAUGGAAUGUUCCGAAGAGAUUAUGACGAUACUCGCUAUGCUGCAAGUUCAGAAUAUCUUUGUGCAACCCGGUGGAGGACAGGCAGCCCUGAAGGCGAGGAUAGCGCAUCGUAAAUUCGAGGUGGAAGAGGGCGAUCUCCUUACCUUGCUGAACGUCUACGCGGCUUUUGAGCGCAACAAAACGCCCGCCUGGUGCCAGAGACACUUUCUCAAUCACAAAGCUCUGCGAAGAGCCACAGAAAUUCGCGCGCAGAUGCAGAGAAUGCUGAAACGUUUGGAUAUUCCGUUUGUGUCCUGCAAUGGAAAUGUUCAACAGAUUCUUAAGUGUUUGACGGCCGGUCUCUUCCCUAAAGUGGCGUACUUGCAUUAUACAGGCGUGUACAAAACGGUUCGAGGUAACAGAGACCUGUACAUUCAUCCGAAUAGCUGCUUGUAUACUCUGCAGCAGCCACAAUGGUUAUUAUUUUGUGAAAUAUUGCAAACGAAUAAAACUUAUAUGAAGGAUGUGACCGUUAUUCAGCCAGAAAUGUUGCUGGAAGCAGCACCGCACUUUUACGAAAGAGCAUCUCUCGAACAGUUUUAGAAUAUUUUGUGUGUGUGUGUGUGUGUGUGUGUAUAUAUAUGUAUGUAUAUAAACAAAAACCUUGAAUGUACAUAUAAAAUUAAGCGUCUUUAUAAUUGCAUAUUCCUGUAAUAUAAUGUAUAUAAAAUGUUAUACUUACUAUUAUGAAAUAUAUUAGUAUUUUCCAAGAUUCACAAUCAUAUUUUUGUACAGAAUUCAUGACUAUUAUAAGUAAAAUAAAUAUUUUUAAUAAUAAA